AUGGGCACCCGCCAGCAGUCGGAGAUCUCGGGGGUCAGCGGGGUGGCUCAGGCCUACGUCAACCAGCGGAAGCUGGACCAGGAGGUGAAGACGCUGCAGGUGCAGGCCGCGCAGUUCGCCAAGCAGACGGGGCAGUGGAUCACCAUGGUGGAGAACUUCAACCAGGCCCUCAAGGUGGGACGUCUCUUUGGGCUGGUGAACAACGCGGGGGUGGCCAACCCCAUCGGCCCCACGGAGUGGAUGGGGCUGGAGGACUACCGCCGGGUGAUGGCCGUCAACGCCUUCGGGGCCAUCGAGGUGACGCUGCAGUUCCUGCCGCUGCUGAAGCGGGCGCGGGGCCGGGUGGUCAACACCUCCAGCGUCCUGGGCCGCCUCUCGGCCAACGGCGGCGGCUACUGCAUCUCCAAGUACUGCGUGGAGGCCUUCUCCGACAGCCCCCGACGCGACAUGUACCAUUUCGGGGUGUCCGUGAGCAUCGUGGAACCCGGGUUCUUCAAGACGGCGGUGACCGACCUGGGGGGCAUCGAGGGGUCCCUGCGGCUGCUCUGGGACCGGCUGCCCCCCGAGACCCGCCUCGAAAAGAAAGAA